UACAAAGACGCAACAUAUUAUUUAUUAUUCGAUCAUCCAUACAAAAAAAAAAAAAAAAAAAAUACAAAACGAUGACAAAAUUCUACCCUACUUCUGCAAUUCAUCCUCAAAACCCUCAAGCUUCCACUUCAUCAAUGGCGUUUCUACCCUACCACCACUAAUCCGCCAUGAAACCUUCAAAUUCCUACACUCAAUCAAUCAAAACUCCACCAUCAACUCACCACCACCACCACCGCCGCCGCCGCAACAACUAACCGUCACCGAUGGAUCCUCGCCGGCCAUCGCGCGUGAUCGAUCCGAAAGUCCGAAAGGUCGGCUUCUUCACUCCCGGUCCACCGCCAGAACGCACUCAAUCCGGUCCGGCCGCUACAACUCCGGCACAAUCUCCGAUCUCCAAUUCACUUUCUCCGGUCAUGAUUCCGCCGCCACGUCAUGCUUCCGAUAACCUCUCACGUGCCGUAGGCGUGCCUGUUCCGACGCUUGCUCAUCCGCCGGUGGAUAGCUUGCAGGUUGGGAGUUACACUCUGUCUGAUUCUGUUUUUACGGCUUCUCCAACGCGAUCUCCGUCGAGUAGGAUUGGAAUUGACGGCGAGUUUUCAGAGGAUUCGGCGAAUUGGAUGAAGAAGGAUGGUUCUGGAAGAUUACCGGCUGUUGUUACUACUGGAGGAACUGAUUUGAAACAAGCAAUUGAAGCAUUGAAUGAUGCAGAUAAUAGUGGAGAUGUUGGCGAAGGGGCGUCGCAGAAGAAUUCAAAGCCACUGAAAGCGAAAACCACUAAGGCUGAGAGGCGUGCUUUACAGGAAGCUCAACGAGCUGCGAAAGCUUCUGCUAAAGUUAUUCUUUCAGCUCCAGCGCAAACAAGUAAACCCGUAAAACAGGCAAACCAGAAGAAAGAUGUUCCUCAAUUGGCUUCUUCUAGUGUGGUUCAUGAGAAGAAAGGCGGUGAUAAACCACCAGAAAAAGAUAGAAAAAAAGACAUGCCACCUCCACGCAUGCAAUUUGAUGAUAAAAAUCGGGUUGAAAAGGCUAAGAAACGGUCAGUAGUUAAGCAGACUGAGGCUAGAAAUAGAGUAGAGUUAUUUAGGCAUUUACCGCAAUACGAACGCGGAAAUCAGCUUUCCGAUCUUGGGUCGUCGUUUUUCCAAAUUGAUGAUGUGCACCCUACUGUUUACAAGGUUGGUUUACAAUUUUUAGCUGGGGACAUAAUGUGGAGCAAUACCCGUUGCAUAGCAAUGCUUCAAGCAUUCCAGAAAGUCAUCGAGGACUACUCUACACCACCAGAGAAAACUCUUGCUAGAGAUUUAACCGCGAAGAUCAACACAUCAGUCUCAUUUUUAAACGAAUGCAGACCCCUUUCAAUCAGCAUGGGAAACGCAAUUCGUUUCCUAAAAGCCCGUAUUGCAAAAAUAACCUUGGCCCAAACCGAACCCGAAGCAAAAACAUCUUUAUGCACGGAAAUAGACGAUUACAUAAAAGCCAAGAUAGUUCUUGCAGACAAACAAAUAGUCAUACACGCGGUUACAAAGAUCUGUGACGGUGAUGUUAUACUCACGUAUGGUUCAUCGUCUUUAAUCAAAAUGAUUUUACUGCAUGCUCAUGAACUCAGGAGGCAAUUUCGGGUGGUGAUAGUUGACUCACGCCCUAAUCUUGAAGGUCGACAGUUGCUUCGUAAGUUGGUUGAAAAGGGUUUGAGUUGUACGUACACUCAUAUAAACGGUGUUUCUUAUAUCAUGCCUGAAGUUACGAAAAUAUUUUUGGGGGCUGCUUCUGUUUUGUCUAAUGGAACGGUAUAUUCGACCAUUGGAACUGCAUGUGUUGCUAUGGUGGGACAUGCUUACCAUGUGCCGGUUUUGGUUUGUUGUGAAUCGUACAAGUUUCAUGAACGGGUACAACUUGAUUCAAUAUGUUCAAAUGAACUAGGUGAUCCAAAUGUCAUAGCAAAGGUUCCCGGAAGAAAGAAAAAUUGUUUGGAUGAUUGGGCUAGUAAGGAAAACUUGCAACUCCUGAAUUUGGCUUAUGAUGUGACUCCUGCGGAUUAUGUCUCUACGAUAGUCACCGAGUAUGGGCUGAUACCACCUACAAGCGUGCCUGUGAUUGUGAGGGAAUAUGGGCGCGAGCACAUACUAAUAUAGAACUUCAAAUCGCAAUUUGGAUUCAACGGUGGAGUGUUUGCUGAUUGCAUCAAAUAAGACUUGCUGACAUGGUAUUUAAAAUGCAGAAAUAGUAUUUAUAAUCUUAUUUAUUACAUACUACAGUUUUAUACCCAUUAUUGUGGCUCGUUUAGCAGAUAAGAUAUUUUGGAAAAUGGUUUCUUAUGUGCUGAUUGAGUACAUACAUACUUGAUCUUUUGGUUUUGUUUUGUGUAUAACCGAAUGGUACGUCUUAUUAAAGUAGUUUUGUGUGGCUGCUAAGUUGUGCAUGUUGAAUACACUAUAUUAAAUUUUGAACACAAAAUUAUGUUUCAAA